AUUGCGCGCCAUAUUCCCGUCUUGUUUUGGUUAUGGAAGAGGAGUGUCCAAACCAGAAAAGGGAAGAUUAAUCUCGAUUUUCACCCGUUAAAAAUCCUUCCUUGAACGGGGAGGUUGGAGAUAAAGACUUCAGAAUGACUAUUCUACCUAAAAAGAAGGCCUCGCAGGAAAAGCGGGGCCCGGAAUCGGGUGAAAAUCAUCAACAUCACGGACACGGUCACCACUCGUCGUCUCACAGUCACGGCGCCCACGGGCACAGUGGGACUGGGGAGGCCAGGGGCGGAGCACGGCCCAAGUCUCGGAAUUCUCCGCCUCGGUGGCCAUCUUCAAAUCCCCGAGACGACAGACUUGUCUCAGUGUCGUCGCAUGAUUGUAGGACUUCUUUUGAUGGCCACGAAAGAUUGGAUGCCGGGGGUCAUGGCCAGAAUAAACGAGCGAGACACAGAUCCUCCCCCCAUCGGCUGGACCAUCAGGCAUCGGUGUCGUGGCUCCAGCACAGGGGGAAGGUUGACGAUGAUAGGAGGGAGGAAGGGGAACGAAAUGAGGAGAGCGAAGAGGGGGGUUGUAAUAGCGGGGACGAGUAUGAUACCCAACCAUUUCAUAGCGAAGAGCAUGAAAGAAUGUUUGAGAAAGCCUUGAAAGAGAAGCGUAGUUUUAUCAUCAAGCAGAUGUCGCCAGAUGGAGCUUGUUUGUUCCGAGCUGUUGCUGAUCAAGUCUAUGGAGACCAAGAAUGGCAUGGCAUCGUGCGUGCUCACUGCAUGGAUUACAUGACGAAGAAUGCAGAUUACUACUCCCAAUACGUCACUGAGGACUUUGCGACGUACGUGGCGCGGAAACGCAUGGACGAUUGCCACGGCAACCACGUGGAGAUGCAGGCCCUCUCGGAGAUGUAUAACCGCAACAUUGAGGUCUUUGUCUACAGUACUGAACCAAUCAAUACCUUUCACACCAUCAACAAGACGGACAACGAGCCGAUACGAGUCAGCUACCAUCGCAGCAUCCACUACAACUCGGUGGUCAACCCUCACAAAGCUACAAUCGGCGUCGGUCUGGGAAUGCCGUCGUUUGUGCCAGGGCUUGCAGACAAAUCUCUGCUCCGCGAGGCUCUCCGGCACUCGGAGAACACGGAGCUAGAGACGGCCAUGUUGGAAGACAAGCUGCGGGCUACCGACUGGGAGGCUACCAAUGAUGCCAUCGAGGAACAGAUCGCCAGGGAAUCUUACAUGCAGUGGCUGCGGGAUAACGAGGAAAGAGCUCGGAAAAAGAUGAUCCAACCAGCAUCCGCUACCUGUAGCUCGGCCCCUCCCGACUCCCCCAACUGGUGGGAGGUGCCCCCUACCAGCGGCUCUUCCAACAACUCCCACCGAUCGCACCACGCAGCGGCCCAUCAUCACCACAACCUCCCGACCGGCCCAGGCCCAAACAGCCCAGACCGGGCUGAGGCUGGUACACGCAGGAGCCCACUGUCACCCCCGAGCCCUAAGCUAGCAGGCCCCUCACUGACCGAUCAAGAAGCAGGCAAGCUGGGAUCCGCCAAGCAGAGGUCUGCGUCACCCCUUGUGGCCGCGGGUCGUAACACCCCUAGCCCCCCUGCUGGACCCUCUGGGAUUUCCCCCUCCGCCUGCAAUGUGCCGCUGCUUCAGGAUAUUCCACCUACGGAAUACGGUCUGUCUGAGUGGGGUACCGAGGACGAGAUCCUGGCCUCUGUCCUGGCCCAAUCGCAGCAGGAAUACUUGGACACUCUCAAACAACAUCACUCCUCCGGCAACACCGACAGCUAAUGUACAUCCUGCGUGUAAAUAAUCAUAUCAUCAUAUAUAUGGAACCCCCGGUUUGAAUUUUUUUUCUUCUACCGAUAGCAAAUAUAUUCAAUAUUCAACCCUCUUUGCUGUACAUUUGCAGAUUAAUUGUUGGGAUGAGGAAAAAAUUAGUAUGUGGUCGUGGUCUAGGUGUUUGGGAAUUUAUUCAUAUGGGUGGUUGUAACGUUGAAUAUUAAUAGUAUAUCUAUGGUUGAAUCUAAAACCAGGCGAAUCAAGGAAAUACUAUUUGGUUUGUUUCAGUGGCGAUUGCCAAAUUAUGCCAUGCUAGGUUUCCUUUUGAAAUUCCGAAAACGUUUCCUUUUUGAAUUCCGGAAAAAAAAUAACGGGGGAAUACCGUAAUUUUCCCGUUACUAACCUAAUUAAAUAUGGCUGUGUUAAAACCAGGGAAAUCAUGGAAAAUACAGAUGUUGACCUAUGUUUCAGUAUAUUGUGAUACGACAGGGUUCCCGCGAUAAAGAUAAGUAGUAUAACCAAAUUAUUAUAUUAUAUUUUAACAAUUCCUGAUUCAAAUUUGUCUUAAGCAGCUUAAAAAAAAUUUAAGUGGCCAAAAAUGUGCAGGUUGUCAAUUGUGUCCUGGUUUUACAUAAACUCAUUGUGUAUUUCGUCGGGAUAUUCUGAAGACUGGCCACAUUCUGCCAUUAGCCGUCAGAGCCAGUUUUAAAUAGUCUGAGUAUGACCCGUUCUCCACGGAGCCAUAUCUCCGGUCGAACGUCUGAUGUAUCUAGGAAUGCAAAUUUAUGCGAUGCUACACACUAGCCAAACGGAGUUCGUGACAUCAUUUCAUUCCCAAAUCCGGAUGAAAAUUGUGAUUUGUCGAUUCAGAUCCAGUGUUUUUGACGUCAUUUCUUCAGUUCGUGACGUCAUUUCAUUUCAGUUGGUGACGUCAGUUCGUGAUGUCAUUUCAUUCCCAAAUCAGGAUGAAAAUUGUGAUUUGUCGAUUCGGAUGCAGUGUUUUUUUAAAUAAAACAAUGGCCGGACGCGCAUAGAUCUACAAAACCUAGACACGACCGUGCUUGGCCGGCUCUAUUAUUGCUUGGCGUAUCGCGUAAUAUAUCGUUACUGAGCGUGUGACCGCAGCCAAAAGAAUAAUAGAUGUUGUGUCUAGGUUUUAUUUUAUUUUUUUAGAUGUCUAUGAAGCGACGCCUGGUAUAGAAAGCGUCCGCUGAAUGGUCAGAAUCUCGAGGCGAAGACGCAGGUUUUUUGCAUAAUUAAUCGCCGAAUCUGCCUACAUAUAGACUAGUUUUAAAAGGAGUUUGAAAAAAACUUGGGCAUGUUUGAAAUCCAUCCAACAUCGUAGCGGAAAAGCUACAUAGGUAAAACUAAAAAACAGCACUCCAAUAGUGUGAGAAAAUACAUUUGCGAUACAAAAUUGAACAAAGACGCAUUAAUUUAAGAAAAACAUAGAAUUAUAGCCAAAUAUAUGUGGUCUGUAAAAUACACAGAUAUUUGUAGUAUUUGAUAUUCAGAUAAAACAUUUUUGGGAGGGUUUUGUUGUGCACAUGUAAAACAAACAGCUUGUAAUUGCAAUCUUUUUAAGCUAAAAAGCAGGAACAAAU